GAAAAUAUUUUCUAUCUAUAACUGACGCGACGAAACUCGCAUCCAAAAUGCGCAAAAUCGCUCGACCGCUCAGAAUGCCUUAUAACAACGACGACGCAAAUAGAAUUGCAACAGUUAUGUAAUUGAACUCUCUCGUUCAAAGCUGCCAAGUCAUUCGUCUGGUGACAUUUAAAUCUGACGACACGUAACGCCAGAAAUUCGCGAUCAAAUCGCACGUCACCAUAGUUCCUUAUCUCGCGAACAAGAAGAGCAAAUCGAUAAGCGUACCGCAUCAGCUGUUUUAUAACCCCUACCAGUAACACUCCCUUAAGGUCGCUACGGUCGCUACCUGUAUGUGUAUGACCUGUAAUUCUCCUCACGGCCAUGUUAAACACGAAUAUACAAGAGGAAUGAGGACGUUUCGCGACAAAUGAGACUCUUUUGAAGGUCUGCGAGAUCUUGGCUAUGCUAUAAAGCCUGUGGAUCGUAAGAGACCAGUCAAACAAAGCAUGGCAUGGCACUGCAACGGCACUACAAAUCAAGAGAUGGUGACAAAGCUGAAAGAUGCUGGUAUAUUGGCAACGGAUAGGGCAGAAACUGCAAUGCUCACUGUUGACAGGGCUAAAUAUUGUCACGAAUCGGAUCCUUACCUUGAUCGUCCUAGGAGAAUUGGUUACAAUGUGACAAUCAGUGCACCACAUAUGCAUGCAUACGCAUUGUCAAUCCUCUCUGAUCAACUCUUUGAUGGCGCCAAGGCACUUGAUGUUGGUUCAGGCUCGGGCUAUCUAUCAGCCUGCAUGGCGUACAUGGUAGGCUCGCAUGGAUGCGUAAUCGGUAUCGAGCAUAUUCCCGAGCUCAUAGAAAUUUCCACCAGAAACGUGCGCGAGGACAAUCCGCAUUUUCUUAAAGAAAGCCGCAUCAAAUUUAUCGUGGGAGACGGCAGAUUGGGACACGCUGCUGAUGGACCCUACAACGCUAUACACGUUGGAGCAGCGGCCGAUACUUUACCGCAAGAGUUAAUAAAUCAACUAGCUCCCGGAGGUCGACUGAUAUGUCCGGUCGUGGCUAUAGAAGGUUUCCAAAGGUUUCAAGAUCUGCUACAGGUGGACAAGAAUACAGACGGCACGAUCACGAAGAAGAAACUGAUGCAAGUCUCUUACGUUCCUCUCACAGAUCCUACUACUCAAUUACGUAAUGUUGACAGUCGCCGGUUGGCCUGGAUCGUUUCGCCGGGCAAGCCGGUCGCAGCCACGCGCCUCCUCAGGAUUCGGUACCGCGUCGUCGAGUACCUCUGCUCGACGCUCGCGAUCCUGUCGCCUGUUGUGCUCACGUACAACAUGGCUAUGUACGGGCGUUAUCACGGUAGGAACAAUCAGGAGCUCGUCCAACAUCUCAGGCGAUCCAGGGUGAUUAAAUCUGAUAGAGUGUUUGAAGCAAUGAAUGCUGUGGACAGAGGAAAAUAUACUCAUCCUAGCCAUGCUUACAUAGAUUCUCCACAAGGGAUAGGUUACGGAGUUACCAUUAGUGCUCCUCAUAUGCAUGCGUAUGCCCUGGAAUUGCUUGAAGAAAAACUACGUGAUGGUGCGAGAGCAUUGGAUGUUGGUUCUGGUUCAGGAUACUUGACAGCUUGUAUGGCUAUUAUGUUAGGAUCACAUGGAUUAGCCGUUGGAAUCGAUCAUAUUCCAGAGCUUCGAACAAUGGCCGAAGAAAACAUUAGGCACGACCAUCCGGAACUUCUGCGCAGUGGACGUGUGGAAUUAGUUGUUGGUGAUGGAAGAUUGGGAUAUCCCGAUCGUGCGCCAUAUAACGCUAUUCAUGUGGGAGCAGCCGCCAAAGAAUUGCCACAAGCGUUGGUGGAUCAAUUAGCACCUGGUGGACGUUUAGUAGUGCCAAUGGGCUCCGAAAAUUCGGAUCAAACCUUAAUGCAAAUCGACAAGACUCUGGAUGGCAAAAUCAAACAGCGGCCGCUAAUAGGCGUAAUGUUCGUUCCACUCACCGACAAGGAACGACAAUAUCGUCGAUCAUGAGAUACGUGUCGGC